UCCAUUUUGCUAUUCCCCUUGUUCUCCAUUCUCAUCUUCUCAAGACCCGAGAAACAGCUUCCAUUAGCUUUAUUUCGUCUUUGUCCUUAACUCUUCUCUAAAAUAACCAAUCGUCAGCUAAUACCCUUUCUUCUGUCUUUCCUUCCUUGGCAAACUUUUGUACCUCUGUUCUUGCUCUGUAAAGGUUGAAGCUUUCAGGUGUUUCUGGUCUUGAAACUUCCAUUUUUCAGCUAAUCGUUUGUUUAUAUGAAACCCCUCUUUUUGAAAAUUUCCAGGUUUUCCUUGAAUCCUUCUUCAGAGUUUGUUCUGUGCGCGCAAGCAACGGAGUCAUUGUACUUUAUCCCCAGCUAUUCUUCAUUGUUUCUUGUAUCUGUCUUCUUUUCCUAUAUAAUUAAGUCAAGCAGUUCUUUGGUGGGGGUUUUUUUGGAAAGGAGAUAAAGUUUGGAUCUUGAUUGAGUUCUGUUGAUUUGGAGACUUUGACUGGUGAGAGCAGAAUUCAAGUAGUUGUGGAAUUCGUUCUGGGUUUUUUCCAUUACCUAAUUUCAAGAUGUGGAACAUGGAAAUUGAGUGCGAGAAUGAAGGAAAAGCUUCAGUUUUUGGAUCCAGAUGUGAGCCUUUGUUAUUGUAGAUAAUUGAUUUGCGGAGCGUCUGAGGUUAAAGGAAGCUCUAGUUCUUUAUUUAGUUUAAUAAGAUUUUUCUGAUCCUGAAGACCGGUGAAAACAGUUACCUUUUGCUGAAAAAACCAGAAGUUUGAAAGAGGUUUGGAGUGUUGAAGAAUUAUGGUUGCAGCAUCUAUGGCUUUACAGGAUGACAGUGGAAGCACAGAUUCAGAGACCACACUCCCCAUGGUCAUAGGCAACAAAAUGCCUUUGGAUAUGGAAGUCUCUUCUGUAAGGAGUAUCCAGUUGACUGGGCAAUUUCAGCCUGGGGGUGAUGACUAUGCUCAAAAGGUUAGAAAACCCUACACAAUCACUAAACAAAGAGAAAGGUGGACAGAGGAUGAGCAUAAAAAGUUUCUUGAAGCUUUAAAGCUGUACGGCCGAGCCUGGAGGCGUAUAGAAGAGCAUGUAGGUACCAAAACUGCAGUUCAGAUUAGAAGUCAUGCUCAAAAGUUUUUCUCUAAGGUUGUGCGUGAGUCCAACAAUGGUGAUUCAGGCUCGGUGAAACCAAUUGAAAUUCCUCCACCUCGCCCAAAAAGAAAACCCUUGCAUCCAUAUCCUCGCAAAUUGUCUGCUUCAGUAAAAUCUGGAGCUUUGGCUCUUGAAAAACAAUCUGCAGCUGCAAAUAUAUGUUCCCCUACCGAAGCAAACCAAUCUCCUACUUCUGUAUUGUCUGCAUUUGGUUCAGAUGCACCAGGCCUAACAGACUCAAGUACACCAGAAGGUAGCUUAUCGCCUGUUUCAUCAGUUAUAGGUGGUUCCUCUGGUUUUGUCCUGUCUGAGCCACCUAAUUUAUCACCACCAAAAGCAAAUGCAUCUCCGUCAAGCAGCCAAGUGAAUAAUUGUUCAAAUCAGGAUGAAAAGCUUCCUUUGAAGCUGGAAUUGUUUCCUGAAGACAAUUGCUUUGUCAAAGAAGGUUCAGAAGAAGUAUCAUCUACCCAGUGCUUGAAACUAUUUGGGAAGACUGUAAUGGUUACCGAUUCGUGUAGGCCAUCUUCUCCAACUCCUCUAACCUGCAAAAUGCAGCCACCUAGUCACAGCGAUGGAAAAUUGGCACAGGCAUUGCCUUGGAAUUUUGUUCCCAUAAAAUAUUCACAAGGUGAUUUAGAGCGUUCCUGGGGUGCUCUUCCCUUUGGAACACAUGCUACUUUGUUUUGCUUACCGCUAGGUGGUGAAAGAUCAAAGCCUAGUGAAACAACACCUCCCUCGUCUUUGCAAUGGUGGACAUACCAAGGAGGUGCAUCCUUUCCAUUUGUACGGAUCCAUAGCCCAAUACCCAUUAAAGCAUCAUGCUUUGGAGACCAGAGAGAUGUGCAAGACAUGGAAAUCCAGAAGGAUGGUUCUUCUUCUGAUUCAAAUGCUGAAUGCGAGUGUGCGGAGGCUGAGAGCAGCAGAAAUCUGGAGGCUCAAAGCUGUCAGUUUUUAUUUGCAAAAGAGGAAAGAGCUCAAGCCUCGUCUACACCAUGUGAAACAUCAUUUUUGGAGCUAAAAGCAGGCUCUAGUAAGUGUACAAAAGGAUUUGUACCAUACAAGCGAUGUUUAGCAGAAAGGGAUGCCAGAUCAGUAGUUAACAGUGAAGAAAGGGAAGAGCAGCGAAUUCGUCUUUGCUUGUAGUCGUUCUUCUUCAGGCUUUUUGCUUGUGCAGUUUCAUCUUGUAGAAAAUAUUUUUCCCCCUUUGGUUGGAUUGGGGCUAUUGAAGAUGUGAAUCUCUGGUAAUACCAAAAAUCUUGGAUGAUUGGUGAGGAUGAAUCGAUGAAGCAACAUGGUGCCAAAGAGGCUGCUCCUGUGGCUGUGUAGAGAGUCUUUUUCAACUUUGCUUUUCUUUUUCUCCUCCAACUUCUGAUACAUACUCUUCUUUUGUAAUAUUUCCUUUCAUCCCUUGCACUCUGUCCAUGUAGCCUUUGCUGUGUAAGUUCUUCAGCUGCAAAUGUUAAUGUCUGAUCUUCAAAUUUUGCUGUCUCUAAAAUUCUGUUACAUUC